UAAUACACAUAUAAAUUGUACUACUAAAACAAACAAUUACGUGGUUGAAAUAAUCAUGACAAUAUGUAGUAGUGUGUGAAGAAAGAAACCAGUACUAGUUCCGGCCAGUAGUAGUAGUGCCUACAUACAUAGAUGCUACUCUCUCAGUCUCAGCCAAAAAGCCUGUGUGUGUCCUUGUUUUGACCGUUGGAGGCAUCUUGUCUAUCAAUUGCUGUACAAGUACUUGAAGAUAAGGGUUAAGAAAAAGAAGGAAGAACACAUAAUUCUUGCAAUGGGAAAAUCUCCAGGAAAGUGGCUCAAGAGUCUGCUUUUUGGGAAGAAAUUACCAUCUAAAUCAAAACUUCCAAAGGAAAUCUCAUUUAAUAGUAGUGUCAAGAAAGCAACAUUAUUACCAGAGAAAGAGAUUUCCCCUGCAUCCAAAACGGUAUCGUUUAGUGACAUGCCAUGUUCCAUCAGAAAGGGAGAGAAGCCAAAUGAGUUACAAACAGAGAAUAAUAAGCUAAAGCAAGCUGCUACAACGGCACAAUCAAUUAUCAGAGGCUAUUUGGCUCGGCGUUCCUUUGGUGCACUCAAGGGGUUAAUAAGGCUGCAAGCACUAAUUCGGGGACACUUGGUUAGGAGACAGGCUAUUGCCACCUUACACUGUAUUCAGAGGAUUGUUCGAGUUCAAGCAUUGUAUCGUGGCAAAAGGGUCAGACUAGUCUCACACAUUGGUGCCCAACUACAUAACAAAACCACUACAAAAGAUGGUACUCUGGUGGGGCUCCCUCGACUGAAACUUACACCAAGGCCAGAUAGGCUAGCAUCCAAUGUCUUUAUUUGUAAGCUUAUUGCAUCAUCACCAAAUGCUAAGCCUCUGCUCAUUCAUUAUGAUCCAAUGGAGCCAAAUUGUGCUUGGCAAUGGCUAGAACGAUGGUCUUUUUCCAACUUUUGGGAACCACUUCCACAGCUACAUCAUGCUCUUGAGAUAAGGUCUAAGAUAAAGCAAGGUAAAAUACAAACCAAGGAAACCGAAUUAGGCAGAGCAAAACAAGCAGAGGGGAAGGUGUCACCUGUUAAAAAUAGGAAACUUCCAUUGCAUCCUAGCCUUGCAUAUGAAAAACAGAUCAACAAGCCAAGAAAAUUGGAAUUUAGUAAAGAGGAAUCAAAGCCUCUAAAUGAUUUGGAGAGGGUUAAGCAAAAUUUGCGACGAAUUUCGGGUUCAACAGCAGAAUCCGUAGCUGAGAAGCUCAAGCCUACUCCAACAACAUUGCCAACCAUUCCUAGUUCUGAGAUUUCUGAGAAGAGUGUUGUGAAUUUGAUUGAGAAAACAAGUGAGUCAUCUGAGGUGGAAGUUCCUCCAAAACAAGUAGUUGAGAAGAAUGAGAAACUUGAUGAGCAGCAUGAUGAUGGUGUUGAGCCAAUUCCUAUUAGAGAUGUUGAAAUGGUUGAAGAUACAUCAAUAGAGAAUGAACAUAAAAAUAACUUUGAGAUUGAGAAAACUAGCAAGGACUCCCAAAAAAACUACAAGAAAAAGGUUCCUACUAAGGUGGAAUACCAAGAGAAUGUCCCACAAAGAAGCCCCACUUUGCCAAACUACAUGACUGCAACUGAAUCAGCCAAGGCAAAACUUAGAGGACUUGGAUACCCCCGGUUCGAUGAAGAUGAGGUCGAAAAUCAAGGCUUUGUGAGGCGGCAUUCCUUGCCUUUGUAUACUAGCGGUAACUCGAGCUUGAUCAUGUCUUCGCGAACAGAGAAAAAAGUUCAAUCAAGUUCCAGAGGAGAAAACAGAUCUGUAUUGUCCUCCACAGAUGGCCAUGGGAAGGGUGUACGGCCUGGUUGGAGGAGGUGAGUGAGCUGAAAUCCGGUAUGAGACACUAGAAAAUAAAUGAGUGUGGAAGAAGAACAAGUGUAUGAUGAACUUUGGGGGUGUGAGUUUUAAGUAUAUGUACUUGAUUUUUCUCUAGUUUUUAGUCCACUUGAUUUGAUUGUGUGCUUGAGUGUAAUAAUUUUAAUUGUUUUAGUUUUCUUGAAAUACUAAUCAGUUUGUCUUUAAUAACCAACAUGAACAAUUAUAAAACAAAAAUAAA